AUGGCAAACCCUUCGUGGUUUGACGUGGCCCACAAAUGCACUGCGAAUGAUCCUGAACAGCAUGCAAUGGAGCAAGCGGCUGCACUUGGCAUCGGAAACGCUCGUUCACUAGCUUCUAUAUUUAGUCUGCUUGUCAAUGGGCGCCUAGUAAGCGAAAGAACUCUUGAAUAUCUUGAAAGGCCGGUGCUGAACGAAGACGGACUACAUACUGAAUGUCAAUGCGGUUAA